AUGGUCAAAUCUAAGAAGAACCAGGUGCUCGAAUUGGACUUUGACAAGCUCGAGAAGCUUGAGCACCUCAAGCCGGUUCCCAAGUCCAGAUCGCUGUCCAUCACCUCGAUUGAGAGUGAGGACGGCUCCAUGAAGGAGAUCUUGAAACCCCCACCAAGAAAAGACUUUGAAGACCUUGUAGCCUUUGAGUCGUACAUCCGUGACGAAACAUGGGAUAACGACUUUGACUACUGCCACGCUCAUUUACAGUACUACCCUCCAUUCAUCAUGAAGGAGAUCAAGGGCAACAUGGAGAAGAUAAAGCCCACCAUGAACAAGAACUCAAGAAAGUUUAGACGCAACUUGCAGCACCACAUCAAGCGCCAUUUGAUGACUGAAAUGGAAAAGUGCUCUGGUUUCCAAAUGGACUUUGGCAAGGCCACCAUGGAGGAACUGCCAAGGAACAUUGUCUGGAAGUUCAAGGACGAAGGCCACCACGGUUUCACCGAGGAGGAGGAAGACAUGUACGACAGACACUGGAAAUUGGAGUUGGAGGUCAAGUGCAACAACGAGACCCCAAUGGUCGAGGUUGACUACAAGGCCAUUCCCUUGUAA